AGAAGUGGCGCCCUCUGGUAGCCGGUUGCAAACAUGACAAACACGAAUCUGCGAAACGACAGAAGACCUUAACCUAAAAAGCGCCGUCCAGAAGUGAUUUAUUGUCAGACUUGUAGUUUAGUUAAAAGCGGCUUAGCAAAGCUUAAAUGGCGGAACAAGACGCCGACAAUAAAGAGCUUGAAAAGCCGCCCCCAGACAAGAGCCUCAUCAUUUUCGGGCGCGACGUUUCAAAAAUUCCCUGUUUUCGCAACAGUUUUUUGUAUGGAAUUUAUGGAGGCUUGGGACUAGGUCUGGGGCACUUUAUGUUUAAAAGUAGACCACUGGCGGCUUGUAAUUUCGCCGUUUAUAGUUUCUGUGGAGUUACUCUGGUCUACUGGAUCCAGUGUCGCUACAAGUACUCUCAAAUGAAGUUCCAGAUGCUGCAGAUGCAGGAAUUACUAAGGCGACAAACCGUGUUUGAAGGAACCCACGUUGAAAAAGAACUGGACGACAGUAUUAAAAACGACCCCAAAGUUAGCUAACGUGUUGUUGUUUAUUUAGGUGUAAUAAAUUAGUCUAAGUUUA